AGGUUGGAAGUUCCAUGGCAGUUGGCCAUGGCCUGGGGGGAGGGGCACUGGGCCGGGCCUGUGCCCUGCCUCUGUGGCCAUGGAGUCCUUCUCAAGUGCCCAGGACAACUUAGAUUCCUCCAUCGGCCUACUCUCUUGGUGCCGGAGCUGGGAAGGCCGGAGGUUGUUGCUGCGGGCGGUGGCCCUGUGUCUGAGCGGCGUGAGCUGGGUCCUGCUGCUGCCCAUCGGGCCCAACCGCCUGGCGUACAUCCAAGGCCCCGGCUCUGGCGACCCCAGCGGCUACCUGGGCUACUGGAUGGACUGCAGGCAGUUCCCCUGCCUGGACCCAAAACGAGUCACAGCCCUGGUCUCCAUCCCUCCCCGCCCCCCGCCCCCUCAGUGAACAGACACCUGGGCUUGGGCUUCAUGUUUCUGGGUCUGGUCUUGACGUCCAUACUGGUCCCCUGCCUGGGCCUCUCCUUCCGACGCAUCUUCCACCGCCUCACUCACUGCGAUCUCGUCCUGGGCAUCAUCAGCUGCAUCUCCGCCGCCUUUGUGCUCCUCUCCAUGACGCUCUUCACCCUGGAGUGUGAGACGCUCCAUCCCGACGGGCGCUGGCCCCUGAUCGACUACACCCUCCGCUAUUACCUGGGCUGGCUGGCGGGAAUGCUGCUCGGGGCCGCCGCCGGCACUUGCCUGACCAAUCACCUGCAGAGCCAGACCUGCCAUUGCUGGGGUCAGGAACGGUCCUCCUCCCAGAGCCUGGAGGAGCAUCAGCCCUCCUCCAAGGACGACAGCCAGGACUGGGGGAAAGAGAUCCUGCUGGGCCCCGUCUCGGACCCCUCCCUGUCCAAGGUCAGCUCCUCCUCCUCCACCUCCUCGGCCAACCUCAACACCGCCGUGGCCAAGUCCUCCAUCAGCCUCGACCUCCAGGCGUCAAGACCAACUCCCCGUCCGUCAGGUCCUCCGCCAUCAGGAUCAGCUCCAGGUGGUCGGAUUCGUCCCCUUCACUGUCCGCUCGGAAGAUGACUUAGCCCGGCCAACCCGGCCUCCUCCUCUCCCCCUUCCCCCCAACCACUCCCACCCACCCCGAGUUCAGCUCCUCUUUCACCUGUGGCCCUUCCUCUGCACCACCAUCACCAUUUCACCUUGGUCCUGGACACCCACUCUUAGGAUCCCACGUGCUCACGGACCUCUCGCCACAGGACACGAGUUAAAGCCGUCCCCUGGAUGUGGGGAGAUUCAGCUGCUUCCCCCAAUUUCUUUCUGUUUUCCUUGACUUCUCCUGAAUUCCCUGCCCAGUCCCCAACCCCUGGCUCCCGCCAUCACCAGAGGCUUCCUCUCCCAAGUAGCCCUCGUCUUCCCUCCCUCCAGAUCCCUCUGCCGCUCUAAUAAAAGUGGGCCUUUCUUCCACCUG